AUGUUAUGUAAUAAUGUUCAAAAUUGUUUUAUAUUAACUGAUAAUUCGAUUUUUGAAUUAAUGGAAUUAAAAGAUAAACUUUUAUUUGAAAAUUUACCUCGAAAUGUUUUAUUACGAAUAACACUUGUUCUAUCUCGUUUCUUUCGAAUUUAUUCUCAAACACAAAUAUCUAUUUAUGAACUAAUUCAUCUUGUUCAAUUAAACAGCGAUUCAUUUCAAAUGAAAUAUAUUCUAUUAAAAAGAUUAUAUGAUAGUAAUGAAACUAAAACAAAUAUGUUUGAUAUUGCAUUAAAAAAAAUAAUAUCGAUGGAAGAUAAUUUAGAACACUAUGAACAACAGAAAUGUAUUGAUAAUUGGGAAAAAAUGUAUAUUCAUCUUGCAUUACCAAAAUCAAAUAUACGAAAAUGGAAAUUUCAGAUCGAAACAUUUCGAGAAAAAGCCAUACUUGGUUAUGAACAUGUCAUUGAAUGGCUUCAUACAGGAGUAUCACGAGUGGCAUCAGCAGCUGAAAUUCCAUGUAUUGAAGAAUCAAUUAAAGAUGACGAUAUUGAUCAAGAGGAAAUAUUUAUACAAGAAAUUGAUGACGAUGAAAGACCACAAACUAAUCAUGGUUCUGAUUACGGUGAGGAAGAUGGUAGUUUUCUUAGUAGUGCUGGAACGCACAAUACAGAAAAAAUUCAACAAGAACCAAUGGUAAUUACAAGUGAUAUUGAAUUGCAAAUACAACCUGAUUUAGAUGAUCAACAAACAUCAACAGAAGAUAUUUUUUCAACGAAAUCAUUGAUUUUACGUAUAUAUCGACCGAUAGGAAUUUUUAAAAGCAAAUUUCAAUGUAUUGUUUAUGCUCAAGGGCAAAAAUAUGUAACAAAAGAAUUUAAUUUUAAUAUUUCCAAUAGUCUAACAAAUGAAAAUACAAAGAGUCGAGGACGACUAACUGGCAGUCGAAUGAGAUUUAGUGAAACUUCAAUAGUUUCAAAUGAUAUUGAUAUUCAUACAAUUGAUAAACAACAAAAUGACGAAUUUCUUCUCCCAUUCUCGAAUAUUCGUUUGCCAUUUCAAAAUAAUAUGGAUUCAAAUGCUAUCAAAAUAGAUAUUCUUGGUGAUAAUGAACUGUUUGGAUCAUUGAUACUGUCAUCUGAAGAUUUAAGAAUGCUUGAUUUGCCAAUCUUGAAUAGUCAAACUUCAUCACCACUGAUUACCGUUGACGAUAACACAUCGAUCAAAAGUACUUCAUAUGUAUUUGAUCAAUCUUCUAAUGAAAUCUAUCGAUCAUGGAUGUCACAUACUCCACAGACAUUUCCAAUUUAUAAUGAUGAAGAUGAAUCCAUUGCUAGAUUACCAUUAAUUAUGUUUUGGUAUAAUAAAAUAGAAAAUACUCAUGCUACGAAAUGCACUAUGACGAAUCAAAUUCUGGGAAUUCAAACAUAUUUGAAAAUUCCAACUGUAACAAAUAACAAACAAAAUCGUUCAAAACCAAUUAAUAAUAAUAUUGAAAUUUUAAAAGCAACAUAUGAAAAUGAAAUAGAUAAAAUUCAUGAAAAAUAUCAAGCUAAAAUUGACCGAUUAAAAAAACUUAUUAAUGCAAACUUAGCUUAUCAAUCAGAUGAAAAUGUAUCGAAUAUAGUACAAGAAGGUGGUGGAUUAAGAAUAAAUAUACGACGACAACAACACCCAAAACCUGAAGUUAUUACGAAACAUGAAGAAAUACUUCUGAGCAGAAAAAAUUCUCCUAAGAAUUUCCUGGAACGUAAUCAAAUGUAUUCACAACAGAGUUUAAUUCAUCGUCAUCAAUUAACUGCUAAAAUAGAACGAGAAACUGCAUUAGCUAAUGAACGUCAAUUGAAAGUUCAACACCGUUUAAAUAGUUCACACCAAAAUAAUGCAUAUGACGAUUUAUGUUUACCUGCUGUUUUUAUGCCUACGCAUUCGGGUCAUGUUUUCAAUCCAAGAGCUUAUCAAUACUUUCAUCCGAUUGGUACAACCGAUUCUCGAUUAACUCAACCACCAUCAAUCUUCAAUGUUCCACUACAGGCAUCAAGAUCUAUCUCCGUGUUAAAUCUAUUUGAAUUAACUCGAUCAUAUGGUAUUGAUAACAACGAAAAAGAUCGUAUUCUUGACUAA